AUGGAGCCCACAGGGCGCCGGGCUGCCCAGGGAGGGGAGGGGGCUCCGGGGAGGUUUGGUGGGGGACAGGUCCUGAAGCCCUAUGACAGCUUCAUCCGCACCCACCUGCGCUUCUAUGGCUACUUCCGAGAUGAGAAGACGGGCAGGGAAGAGACUGCCAUGUCCCCGGGGGAAUCCUCCGGGCAGCAUUCCAAGGCAUCCACCAUGGGCAACACCGGCGCUGGCUGGCAGCGAGGUCCUGGGUACAAGCCAAACCGAGAACCACAGGCUCCAUUCUUCCCUGCUCCCCGCUGGCCUGUGGAGUGUGAAGUCAUCCAGGAGACGAUUGAGCACAUUGAGUGGGUGCCCCCCAAACCGGAGCCCUUCUGCCCACCCAUGGGCCCGGAGCAGCCCGUGUACAGCCUCAGUGAGGAGCAGGGCACCACUGUCUACCACUCCAGCCCAGCACUCCAGGGCUCCUGCUUUACCCGUGCUCGGGUUGGGGGGGCCCCGGGGCCACUCUCCUCGCCAGCAGCCCCCUUGGAAGGUCCACAGGACACCACGCUGCUCUUCGAGUCCCGCUUUGAGAGUGGGAACCUCCAGAAGGCCAUUAAGGUGGGUCCCUACGAGUAUGUGCUGAUGCUGCAGCCGGACCUGUACACGGCCAAACACACACAGUGGUUCUACUUCCGUGUCCAAAACACACGACAGGAGCCACUCUACCGCUUCACCAUCGCCAACAUGGCCAAGCCCAAGAGCCUCUACGGCCAGGGCCUGCAGCCCCUGCUCUACUCCCAGCAGGAUGCCCAGAGCCGUGGCAUAGGCUGGCGCCGGGUUGGGACUGACAUCUGCUACUGCCGUGGCAGUGCAGGGGAGCCACCGCUGUUCCGGCUCAGCUGGACAGUGCGCUUCCCGCAUGACAGUGACACGUGCUUCUUCGCCGCCUGCUAUCCCUACACCUACUCGGACCUGCAGCGCUACCUGCGUGCACUGGUGGCCGACCCGGUGCGCUCCCAGUACUGCACUGUGCAGGCACUCUGCCGCAGCCUGGCCGGCAACAGCGUGUACCUGCUGACCAUCACCAGCCCAGGUGGCACAGCCGGCAAGCGGGUGGUGGUGGCGAGCGCCCGCGUGCACCCUGGAGAGAGCGGCGGCUCCUGGGCCAUGAGGGGAUUCCUUGAUUUCCUGCUUAGCGCCCAUGCAGACGCGCAGCUCCUGCGCCGCCUCUUCGUCUUCAAGGUGGUGCCGAUGCUCAACCCCGAUGGGGUGGUCGUGGGCAACUCCCGCUGCUCCCUGGCGGGACGGGAUCCCAACAGGGCCUACGGGAUGGCACUUCCCGGCUCCUUCCCUGGUGUGUGGCACCUGCGGGCCAUGGUGCAGAGGGUGCUGGAGGAGCGAGAGGUGAUGCUGUACUGCGACUUCCAUGGACACAGCCGGAAGAACAAUGUCUUCAUGUACGGCUGCGAUGCCGGCGGGGAUGGCACUGGGACACGGCUGCGCCAGCGCGUGUUCCCCCUGAUGCUGAGCAAAAACGCCCCCAACAAGUUCUCUUUUUCCAGCUGCAAGUUCCAGGUGCAGAAGAGCAAAGAGCGGACAGGUCGGGUCUCCAUGUGGCGCCUGGGUGUCUCCCACAGCUACACCCUAGAGGUGGCUUUCAGUGGCUCCACGCUGGGUGGAAGGAGGUCCCACUUUAGCAAGGAGGACCUGGAGUCAUUGGGUCGCCUCUUCUGUGACACCCUGCUUGACUUCUGUAACCCUGCACCUGCCAAGCUCCAGCAGUGCCUGGUGGAGGUGGAUGUGCUGCUGCAGCAGCAGAUGGGUCGGGAGCCAGGCUCUGGAGGCAGCUGGAGCAAUGUGUCCCUCUCAGAGCUUGAGUCCAGCACCAGUGGCUCCGACAGCUCCGUGUCCGACGAGAUCCCAGAUGACUUCCACAGCCCCGACAGGCCGAUGGAGCCACGCAGGAGGAAGCGGCUGCAGAGACGGAGAGCAAGGAAUGGCCUGCACCAAACCAACCGGAGCGGUACCAGGAUCCUGGCUGGGACCCGCAGGCAUCCAGUUCUUCCUGGUGUCCAGAAUGGAGGUGGCAGUGUGGGAGAGAAGCCCAGAGCCAGCUCCAAUGUCACCUUUCCCAGGGCAGCUGGAGCAGAGCAUGGCCUCCGUGCCAUUGCAGGAAAGGUGCCUGGAACUCACUCUGGAGUGGCUCUUCCCACGGCACCCGAAGCAGGGAAUGGCCACUGUGCCACCAUGGGAAGGCAUCAGCUGGACAGUGGCACAAGUGCUGCGACACACUGCAAACCACCACUGAGCCCCUGCCACAGUGGUGCCACCAGUGGCUAUUCCCGAGAUCCAGCCGUGGGAGCAAUGCUGGGGCCAUCCUGGCAGCGGGGUGGGCGCAGGCCGAGGGACAGGACACGUCCCCUCACUGUCCCUGCAGUGGCCUCACGCUGCUGCGCCUGCACUCGGCAGUAAAGAUGCUGCCACCUCCAUGUCUGUGCCUGGUGCUUCCUGUUCUCAUUGCGAUGUCCCCUCAGUGGUCC